AUAAAUGGGAAGGAAAUAUUAUUAUAAUAUUUUAAGAUCAUGUGAGAAUCUAGGUUUAUAAUAGGAACUAGGAACUCAUCCUAACCGUUGAUCACGUUUAAUCUAACGGCCGAGAUUCCACCCGUUUCAUUAAUAGCAAAAUAGUAAAUUCGAUACUUUGAAUGACUACCCAAACAUUUCCCCUGUUCUUUUUUCGCUUUCUCUCUCUUCUACACCCUUUCUAUCUCUUUCACCAAAUUCUCUCUGAUGCGAUUUUUUCAUUGUUCUUACCUCUUUGCGCAUCAAAUUCUUUGAAUUUUAUCUAAUUUGCCUAUUAUUUAUGAACAACUCAUGUCACUCAAGAAGGCCUAGUAAAUGGCAAAAUAACUGAUGUUCUUGCAGCAAUUGAGCAACUAUUGUUGCUGGAGUAACUUUGAGGUUUGUGAUGCCUGUGAAGAAGGUAUGAUCUUUUUGCUCAUUUUAUUAUUGUCAACUUCAAUAAAACAAUCAAGUAUUGCUAAUGACUUUAUUUUGCCAUUGCCUUAAGUCUUUAAUUUAUGUUGGUUUUAUGAGAGGAAGUUAGUUUAGGUAGCACAUGCUUAGAUGCUUUUGGUAACAUUAGUAUUGAUGCAUCUGAAUGCAUAUUAGUAUAUGACAAAACUAAGUAUAUUAUGUGACUAAGGCUAAUCAAUAUCUAUCAUCACUUUCUAGUUUACUGCAAGAAAUUUUAUUAUGAUUGAUUGUGUUAACUAACUAUUUAUGUGGCUAAGUAUAUUAUGUGACUAAGGCAAAUCAAUUUCUGUUUUUAAGCUUUUCUUAUUUACUUUUGUGUAUUUUUUUUAUUUACUUUUGUGAUUUUAAUGUAUAAAGAAACUUAAAAUGAUUGAUUGUGUUAACUAACUAUUCUUACUCUAUAAUAGCCUACUAGAUCAAUAGGUAGAGCAUUGUGCCAUUGCACAAAUGAUGUGGGUUCGAAUCCCACGUAGGUUCUUUUAACGCUUCAAACCAUUUAAUUGUAAAUAUUAUUUUUAUAUCUACUUUUAAGUUUUUCUAAUGUACUUUUGGGUAACUAUUAUUUACUUUAAAAUUAAUAUUAUUUAUGUACUUUAAUGAUAUUUUGAUUUACUUUUGAGUUGAUAUUUUUUAUUUACUUUUGAGUAAUAAUGAUUUACCUUUAAAAUAUUUUGAAUAACAUUUGAUUGUUUUAUAAUUACUUUAGCAGUGACUUAAGUUUAAGUAAGAAUUGAACCUACACCUUAAUAAACCCACAUUGUGCUCUUCCAUCCACUUGAAUUAAUAUGUUUUAGCUUACCUUGUUUUGAAGAAUUCAUUUAAAACAAAAUCUUCCGUUGAUAUACUCACUUUUUGUUUUUUAUGUUUAAGUUAUUAUGAUUUACUUUAGAGAUGUUUUUGUUUACUUUUUGUGUUUUUUUAGUUAAUUCUAAAGACAACCUAUGUAGGAAUCGAACCUACACCUCCUAUAUAUGCAUAUGUAUAGUGUUCUACCAUUUGAACUAAUAAGUUUUAGCAUACCUAGUAAUACCUUACCUUUUUUUAGGAGGAAAUGGGAAAGGGAGCAUAUUAUUAAUCAUCAAACCAAAUCAAGAGCCACCAAGGAUUGAACACCUUAGCUUGGGGAAAGGAGUUUACAUAAACAUGCUCCACCCCAUUCGAAGGAACCAACCUAGCAAUUAAAUGUGCUACCGCAUUCCCAUUACGUUUAACAUGAUAAACAAUAGAAACAUUAAAACAUCUUCCUGCAUAUUUUAUAUCCUCAAUCACCAGGUCUAGGGGAGCUCUUCCCAAGCUAUCCUUCUUAAUUGCCUUGAUCACAUCCAAAAUAUCACUUUCGAGCUCGAUGUCGUGAUACCCAAGCUGUCUUGCCAGUAGCACUUCAUAUCUAGUUACCAAUGUUUCCAUCAUCUUGACAGAAUAAUCACCCACCAACCUUCGCACACCCACUACGAGAAGGCAACCCUUAGCAUCGCACAACACAGCACCAAGCCCCACACCACCCCCUGGCAACAUAGCAGCAUCAAUGUUCACUCUAACAUUGCCCAAACCCCGCCACACCCAACAAUUAUGAGCAGGUAAUCUCUACCCACCAUCCCUACUCCCCGCUUUCCCCUUAUACAUCUUAUAAUCCCCCCCCCAACCGUACAAAACCCAUAGCACCAACGACUUUACACUUCCAUGGUCUCAUUCUCCUUAUGACACAACACAACUCGCACAAACCACAUUUUAUUUACUACAUUUACUUUUAAAGACAAUUAGUUUACUUUAAGAGAAAUUUAGUAUACUUUUUCAAGACUAAUUUAAAUUUACUCAUUAAUUUAUUCAAACAAUUGUGUAAUGAAAAAACUGGAAAAGUAGUGGAAUAUCAAGCAUCAUAAAUACCUAAGCAUCACUGUAUCGCCUCAUAUCUCUCAAACUUUGCAAAAUUCUCCAAAAACUCAAUCAAAUUCGUACACAAAAUUAAUAGUACUUUGCUGACUAUAAAGAAAAAAAAAAAAUUCACCCAAAAUCAUUCCAAAAAUCACACAUACUCAAUAAUAAGAAAUUUGUACAAGGAUGAACUCAAAGUCAAUUCGUUCAAAACUCAUCAAAUUUAACAAAUAUAUUAGAAAAAAAGUUCACUGUUAGGAAUUUAGAGUGUGGUAGAAGAGAGCUCUCUCCUUGGAGUGGAGAGGCCACGGCUGGGAAGCCACGGAAAGCCGCGCCCGCGGCAUGGGCGCGGUUGGGCAUCUCCAGAAAGUUGGGUGAAAUAUGCGAUUUCCCUGUCCGCGCCCGCAAGCUGAAGUGUCGCGCCCGCGGGGUCAUAAGGAGCGCCCACUCCUAAAAGAGGAGCGCCCGCUCCUACUGGAUGCCGCGCCCGCGGCCCUGGUAGUUGCGGUUUCGAUUGUUCUUUUAAUUACGAAAUUAAAAGAAUAACUUAACAGAUUCUUUUGUUCUCUCUGAUUUUUCCUCUCCAAGUAUUCUUCUUCUUCACACUUUUCUCUAAGAAACUUGCAAUCUCUUAUAGAAAACUCUAUCAAUUAUGUUAACCUUUGAGAAUUUGAUCAUCUUACUACACAUCUUAGUGCAAAGAUUGUUGUGUUGUCUAUUGUAUCUCAAAGUGAUUUUUCAGUUUCAACCCAAGUACCGUGGUGGGGGAAAUAAACACUUUAGGAAAGUGUUUACACACCUUAGACAAGAAUCCGGUAUUGAAGACUCACGUGGUCCUUGGUAUUCUCAUGUUCUUGGUGGUUUCUUUAGCUUGGAGUGAGGCAAGUGUAUAAUCUUUCACAUUAGUGUUUUCUUUGUAAUUUCUGAAUUACUUUGACAUUGGUGUUUGGUUUGUAAUACUUUGAUUAGUAUUGAUUGUUGUAUAAUUAAACAUUAUUUAUACACUGCUUAGGUUUUGUUCCACCAUCUUUAAGUAAUUCUUAUUGUGUAGCAAUAAUUGCUGAAAACCUAACAAUCUAAAGUGAUUAUAGAAUCAUGUCUAGUGUGAAAGAACUUACCACUAAUUUUGUCAAACUUAAAGUUUGAUGGAGUGGAAUUUCGACGUUGAAGAUGUAUUUUCUUCUUACUUCUUUGAAGGUUGUCUAUGUCAUUUGUACUCCUAGGCCAGUAGAACAUGAGAAUGAGACCAUGGAAGAUGUUUGUGAGAAAUCAAAGUGGGAUAAUGAUAACUUUAUUUGUCGGGGUCAUAUUCUCAAUGGGAUGGAGGAUGAUUUGUUUGAUGUGUAUCAACAUGUUGAGUCUGCUAAAGAACUAUGGGAGUCUUUAGAGAGCAAAUAUAUGGCGGAGGAUGCUUCUAGCAAGAAGUUCCUUGUAAGUAAAUUUAAUAAUUUCAAAUUUGUUGAUAGUAGGUCCAUCAUGGAUCAAUUUCAUGAGAUACAACGUAUAUAUGGUAAUUUGAAACAACAUGGAAUUAGUGUUAAUGAACUAUUUGUUGUUUCAAGUAUCAUUGAUAAGCUACCUACUAGUUGGAAAGAUGUGAAAGGUAAUCCUUUUAAGAAGAAAAUGGACCAUGCUUCUAGUAGCAAGGACCCAACUGUCAAAGGAUGAUGACUCAUGGUGGAUGGAUUCGGGGGCUUCAAGGCAUGUAUGCAAGGUGAAGCAUUGGUUCAAAAUCUUUCACAAGGUUGUUGAUGGUGAAGAGCUCUAUAUGGGGAACAACUCUUCCAUCAUGGUCCAAGGAAGAGGACAAGUUGAGCUAAUGUUCAGUUCGGGCAAUGGUAUCAUUCUUAGGGAUGUAUUAUAUGCUCCGGAUAUCUCUAGAAAUCUUGUAUAUAU